AUGGCCCUUGAAGCUCCUCUAAGGUCAUCGACUGGAAACCUGCAAUUCCCUUUCGCCUAUCCUCAGACAGAUAUGUCUGCACCCACAGAUCAUGAGAGCCGUCGCUCUCCAUUCAGACCAUUCUCUUCUCCUCCUCCUGCUACCGACUCAUCUUCUCUUCGACCGAAUUCUGUCAAUCGCAUGUCAAGUAGCUCUUACAAUGUUAUGAGUCCGAGUGAUAUCGUGGGCCCUUCUCCAGUUACUUCCAAUGGCACAGAGACAACCGAGAUUGAGGAUGAUGUUUCAGAAGAUCUUGAGAGGGAAGUUACAGACAGAAAGUCCACCCGCCGGUCAGAGCUUUUAAUGCUCACUACGAACCUGCCUGAAAGCGUUCGCCAAUCGAGUACUGAGGAAGCUGUCUCUGUCAUCCAUGCACCGGAGAGCUUUGCUAGCUGGGUUGCUCCACCUCCAACAGUAGAAACAAAAGGUCCAAGCCCCAGAACCUCCCCAAAGUCAGAGGUCGAAAGCCUAUCUUCUUAUAAUGGCGCAUCGGAGAAGACGUCGACCCACCCAACUCGACCUCCGAUCAUGACUGAUGUCAACCCUGUGCGAUACAGUAUAGACAGUGCCACACCUCGUGCCCAGGACCUACAGUCCAUGCUGGAUGAUGGAGCUCGGUUACGCUCAAGUAGUACAAGCAGCCUUGAGAAAAUUGAUGAACAAACCGAGGCCGAGGGCGACGAUGAGGAUUACGAGUCGGAAGCAAUGCAAGUACCCCAGCAACAAGAUGAGAUCGAGACCCUCCGAGAUGCACUUACAGAGUGUUGGACUCUUUGCAACAGCUUGUCCAAGCUGAGUUCCAUCCAACGCAAUCGUGGUCUUGGCAAAAGUGGCAUUCCAGAUGCUCACGACAAAGCAUGGAGAACAUGUUGGAAACUUUGCCAGCGGCUGUACAUCAGCCGGGAUGAGGAUGCUAGCAACUUCAACGUCAAGGUUAAUCUCGAUCUUUGCCGCGACUUUUGCCAAGCCCUGUUUGAAGUGCGGCAACGCAAUGACGAAGCUGCCGAUUCAGUCUUGCGUGUCAGUUUUGAGCUCAACAACCAUUUGUAUAGUGCCCAAGAUAUGAACUUGCCAGAAGAGUUCAGGGAACGCACGUUGGACUUUUACAUCGCCCUAUGUCACAGACUCAUGAAGCAGCGGAGUGACCUAGCAGAGGAGACAGACCAAUUGCUUAGAGCAUGCUGGGCUCUAGCAGAAAUGCUCUUCAAUCUUAGGCAGAACAGAAGAGAUGGAAGGCCCCCAGACGAAGAGCUACUAAGCUCUACUGUUCAGGCUUGCUGGGAGCUAUGUGAUGUUUUCCGAGACAGUUGGGCGCAGGUCCGGCCUGAAAGGGGUGGAACACCACGCCCAGGGCAGCCAUUUGCUCUACAUCUGAAUGACCAGAACGGCCGGCAGAGUCGCGGAUCAAAUCCAUCUUCAGUCCGCUCAAGACAUGAUAGCGUUAAGAGUGGACGUCAGGAGGAGAAACCACGGAAUCCCGUUGUUCCCGAAACCCCGGUAACCGAAUUCGAAGAUACGCCCAUCUCCCCACAGAGUCGUUCACCCACCAUGCCUAACAUUCUUGUCCUCGGAACACCCAGCGACAACAGCCGUGGCCGAUGGUCUAGCAGCGCCUCUAACCUCUCAAGCUACUCGAAGAGCAGCACUCGAACUUCAAGCACCGCCACUACUACCGCCGCGUCGGAAGAUAUAAAUGUAACGCGUGCCAAAAUACUUGUUCUUGCAGCUGCUAUGAACUUGGGCUUCAACCGUGAUUCCAUCCAUGACCCUAAAGCUGCAGCGACGGCCUUGCAAAGCUUUGUGAAGGAUCUUCCUCCUGGGUCGUUCGGCUCCCUCAUCUCGCAUUCAAACUUGCUGGCACAGUACAAGAACUCGGUUUUAACUGAUGCUAUAAUCCCUCGACACCACACCUUACCAGCCCGAGGCAAGCGAGUCACUGCUCAGGAAAUGGCCAAGAGCAUCCAGAUGAUGAUGAAGAGCUCACAAAGAUAUGCUUACCUCCGAGAUCUUUUCCGGGUUGUUUUCCAAUUCCCCAUUGAAGAGGUCGAAACACGACGCAAUGUUAGCAUUGUGGUUUAA